GGGCGUCCGAGGCCGUCGCGGCCGCCUGGUCGCUGCCUGUCUCGACGCGGGCAGGCAUUGGCGCGGGCAGCCCGCGGGGGCGUGGAGCGAAAAGGGCAGCAUGGACGACGAGGAGGAGACGUACCGGCUGUGGAAGAUCCGCAAGACCAUCAUGCAGCUCUGCCACGAUCGGGGCUACCUGGUGACCCAGGACGAGCUGGAUCAGACUCUGGAGGAGUUCAAAGCGCAGUUUGGAGACAAGCCCAGUGAGGGCCGGCCCCGCCGCACUGACCUGACGGUGCUGGUGGCUCACAACGAUGACCCCACCGACCAGAUGUUUGUCUUCUUCCCUGAGGAGCCCAAGGUCGGGAUAAAGACGAUCAAGAUGUACUGCCAGCGGAUGCAGGAGGAGAACAUCACCCGAGCACUGAUCGUGGUGCAGCAGGGCAUGACCCCUUCGGCAAAGCAGUCUCUGGUAGAUAUGGCUCCCAAAUACAUCCUGGAGCAGUUCCUGCAGCAAGAGCUUCUGAUCAACAUCACAGAACAUGAGUUGGUUCCAGAGCAUGUUGUCAUGACAAAGGAAGAAGUGACCGAGCUCCUGGCCAGAUACAAACUGAGAGAGAACCAGCUCCCGAGGAUCCAGGCUGGGGAUCCUGUGGCCCGGUACUUUGGAAUAAAGCGUGGUCAGGUGGUGAAGAUCAUCAGGCCAAGUGAGACUGCAGGCCGCUACAUCACCUACAGGCUGGUGCAGUGAUCAAGAGCCAUUGGGUGUGUAAGAGCUGUGCGGUGCCUCCCAAUUUUCCUGUCCGUCAGCAAUUUGUGGACUCUCUGGGAUGUCUACCUUUCUUAGAUGGUUGAGAAAAUUCUCUUGCCCUGUUGCCUCUAUGCAGUGCUGUUACUUGGCCUCAUUCCUGUUUUUCUGACAUGGACUUGGCUGUAGCUCCUUACUCUUCAGUAAGGAUUCACACCUUAGAAGCAACUGGAAGUGUGCAGGGAGGGCGUCAGUGGAGAAAGGCUUCUGCUUUAGUAUUUUGUAGGAUCUCUUUUCUAAUAAAGGUUUGUGCUCUCGCUCUUCCACACUGCUGGU